AAGCAGUCCAUAGCACUGGGGUGUGCACGUGAGCAAACACAAUUCUACCAUUUCUGGCGAGGUCUUGGGCGCCAAAAGCACUUCUCUCCUGAAGCCUGAUACACCAGAUUGCGUUGCCAAAAGGCAUCAAUGAGAGUUUCUGACAGCACCCUAUGCACCUUUUCCCAUUCUUGUUGCUGAUGCCAGGCAGAUUGUAGGCAGGAAGUCUAUGGGGCGCCGCCUUGCCACCACAGAGCGGAAUUGCCUUGAGGAGGUGCUUGAUGUGCAGCUAAAGGGAGUACACGCUUGAACAAUCACGAUGGCCCCCCAACCCGGCCGGCGGAAUGUGUUCCUCAGGAAGAGGACAUACCUGGUCUUCUUGCCGGUCAUCGUGUUCACCUUGCUGGUGGCUCUGCCAACCAACAUCCGGAUGCAGCUCUAUUCUCCGUCCAGCGCAGAACCAGAGAGAGUGAGCCUAGAAGACCUGGUCGAAGAGGCUUCUGUAGAACAGGAGGAGGUGACUCAGAGAGGCGGGUUAGGCAAGAUGUUGGGUUCGAUAGAGAACGGCGUGAUGGAGCAGCUUGCGGGCAAGUUGGGGGGGCAGUCCGAGGGGGACGUGCUGAAAGCGGGGGCGCUCUUCCCCUCUGAGACUGAGGGGGAGGACUUGAAGGAGUUUUUUGAGGGGGGGCCGGUGGAGCAGGUGCCCCGGGGGAAGGUCUCGUUGCAGAUGAGCAAUCUGGCGCUGGACCCAGGGGACAUUGUAACGGAUCUCCCGGUUGCCACUGACAAGUGGACGCCGGCCCACGUGUUCGUGGUUAGCAUAACUCGGGACAUGAAGCAGCUGCGGGAGAUUGACGCCAAGCUGCAUUCUGUGGGCAUGAAGUACACCCUGGUGUUAGCUCCUGACUCCACCAAGAUCGACCUGGGGAAGUACCAGUCAAUCCUACCGGAGGACAGGGUGAGCGUGAGCCGGGGGUCGGCGAUGAAACCGAACGAGGUCGAUGAGCUGCUGGCGCAUCUGGAGCUGUGGGCCCAUGUCGUCGCGCACCAGCUACGGUACACAAUUGUGCUGGAAGAGGACGCGGUAUUAAAGGACAGCUUCAAGGAGGACCUCGAGCGGUCCCUCAAGCAGCUGAACCUGCUGCGCGUCGAGCACACGGGCUACUUCUUCGACGUGUGCAUGCUCGGGCGCGACCACUACACGCACACCGAGGCCAAGCUGACGGCCAACGUCAUCGAGGCGCGCUCGUCGGCCGGCGCGCACGCGUACCUCCUCACCCUCGCGGGGGCGUUCCGGCUGCUGGAGAACGUGAGGCUGGACGACCCCCUGAACGAAGCGAUGUGGCAAGUGCACCAGCUAUACUGGCUGGCGCUCAACCCCACCGCCGUGGAAACGACCAUGUACAAGUGCGACGACCCCCCCUGCCGGCGGAUGCCGGAGCCGAGCGAGUCGCCGAGCCAGAGCACGCGCGGCUUGCAAGCUUACGCCGCGACGCUGCACCUGACGAAAGAGGGCGAGUGCGGGGGGACCGCGUGGGAGUGCCUCGAGGGGAAGAUCCGGGGGUGGGUCAAGCAGCGGCGCCGGCAGCGGGCGCCGUGGCCCCCGGUGCCGAUCGAGCUGGAAGAGUGGCCGGUGUAUGUGAUGAACAUGGACCGGGAAACGAGGCGGAUGGACGAUCUGAAAAAACGGUUGGCGGAGCACGGGUUUGGGAAGGUGCAGCGCGCACGUGCGGUGGAUAUGGGGAGCACGGAUUUGGCGACGUUCGAUCAUCUGAUCGCCAAGGACAAGGUGUCGGUGACGCGCGCGGGCUGGAACGCGGCCGCCAAGUUUCUGUCCAAGGGGGACAUCGGUUGCGCGCUGUCGCACUACAUGAUCUGGAGCGACAUCGUGGUGAAGAACGUGCCGUACGCGCUCGUCCUUGAGGACGACAUCGACUUCGUCCCGUCGUUCAGCGGCGACUACGAGCGCAACGUCAAGGAGCUGCGCGAGUUCGUCGCGUCCGGCCACGAGAUGUCGCGCUUCGACGUCUGCUUCGUGGGCCGCGAGCCGAUCGUGCAGCCGUGGUUCGAGCGGCCGCUCUACACGCCGCACGUCAAGUUCGCCGGCAUGAGCUGGACGACGCACAGUUACAUCAUAUCGCUCCCCGGAGCUAGAAAACUUGUUAAAAAGUUCUUCGUUGAUGAUCCUAUCGACGCCAUCUGGUGGAGGAUCCCCCGGAUCAAGUUCCUCACUUUCGAUCCGUUGCUUACGUUCCAAAGACGUGACGAUUACGGGAGCACAGCGGGUGAAGGUGGGGAUGUCCGAGGAGUUUUGGAACCGUGGAGGUGACCGCUCUUUGUUGAGUAUAGGUGCAAGCGUAAGUCUAGUGGUCUUCGUCCUCUUCGAGUUAUAAACGUGUACGAGAUAAGACCAAGGUCAACUUAAUCAGGACCCUACACGAUAUCGACAUUGAAAACUUUAUAUGUCUAACCUAGGUUGUGGUGGUGGGCUUUUGACUCGCUUCGGUUCGUUUGUUGCAUAGGCUACACUGGCAUCCACUUUGUGCAACCGCGUCCUUAUCUGGCUACUAGAUAGCUCCUUAUCUUCAAGCGCAGAUGGAGUUUGCAU